UUUUAUUUGCUUCAACCCUACAGUGUGGGGUAUCGUUGGAAAGGUCUUUCAAAACUAAUAGGGGUUUUCAACAAACAUUUUUUGAUAAAGUGAAUAUAUUCGGAGAUAAUCGCUCCGAAAGAAAAAAAAAUGUGUCCCCCCCCCUCUAACUUUUGAACCAUAGGUCCAAAAAAUAUGAAAAAAAUCGUGGAAGUAGAGCUUAAGAAAGACAUUAAAUGAAAACUAUAGCGGACAUGGUCAGUUUAGCUGUUUUUGAGUUAUCGCAAAAAGUUUCCCCUUCAUAGUAAAAAGACUUACUUUAAUUAGGUACUGAUUAUGCAAAUUUGCCUAUUUAUUUAACUCGCGUGAAAGGUACCGUUUCAUCCCUUGGUUAACAAUUUACUAUACUUUAAGCUCCAGUUUAGCUUAUUGUGACGGAAGAGUAACUACGGAACCCUACACUGAGCGUGGCCCGACAUGCUCUUGGCCGGUUUUAUUCUAUAUUAAUUACAUUUAAAUAAUUGAAACGAAACGCAUAGGUACCUAUACUGUUGUUUCCCAACGACUGCCGUAAGGGGAAACCAACUAGAUGUUAUUAUAUAAGUGGUUUACUGAUAACUGCGUUUGUCCAAGAAAAUGGUGAGCGUAAUUCUAUUGAUUGUAUGUGUUACAGUUUGCAUCGUGUCGAGCUCGGCGCAGGAUUUUCCGCUCCCGGACAAAAAGUUCGACGACGUUCAAGCAGCGGUGUUUAGCCGAAAAGCGUAUCCAGAUCUCGGCGACAUUCCUGUGCUAAACCGCAAGGUUUUCCGUGGGACCCGUGUGCAGGUCGAGGAGCACCCAUACGUGGUGAGCAUUCGUCGGUUGCACGCGCACUACCUCGUCGGGGCCAUCUUGAGCGUGCAUACUAUCAUCACCGUGGCUCACCCUUUGUACAAUGUCCCGCUGACGGAGCUGGGCGUGGUGACGGGCGAGACGUACUGCGACCGCGGCGCCAACUACCUGACCGUGCUGCUGGCGGUCACGCACCAGGACUUCGACCCCUACACUCUGAAGGCGGAUCUUGCGUUGCUGAGGCUUUAUGAGGCCAUAUUUCGAAUGACCAAUCAAAAGCCAAUUGCCCUUUUUAAGGAAUUUGAAGACAGGGAACCGAAAGUCAAGGGCAUAGCGCAUCUACGAAAACAAGGUGCGCAGAAAGCUUUCGUUACUGGCUGGGGCCGCUGUGACUGGAUGGGCAAUGAAUUGUGUUUGCCGCGGUCGUCCGUCUACUUUCCGGACGAGAAGCAAGAUCCCAUGUUGCGGACUAUAUCGUUCAAUCACUCUUAUCUUAAUGAAAGCCCAUAUUGUUUGGGGUAUGAAAAACAUAUGAUCAAGUUGGAGAGUGGGCAAGGUACGCUGUGUCUCGGGGCUGCGCGCGAGGUGGAGCCGCUGGCGCCGUGCCUGGCGGCGCCGGGCGCGCCGCUCACGGUGCUGGCCGCGCUCGUCGGGCUGCAGUCCUGGGGCUUCGGCUGCGGCUACACGCACGACCUUCCCCUCGUCUAUACUGAUUUGCGAUACCACGCCGAUUGGUUACAAUGGAAUUUAGAUAUAUUAGAGCGUCUUAAAACGGAUCAAGUGUCAGACCUGUAUAUUGCUACAAAAGCUUAUUUUACGCAAGAGUGGUUGCAGCAGACGAGCGUCCGGCAGUCGGCGCAGCUACACUACCGGGAGGCGCUGCAAGCUGCAGAUAUCGACAGUCAGCUAGUUGAGUUGACAGGAAACAUCACUGACUUUAGAGAUUAUGCUUAUGAAGGGGUUCUUAGAGAGCAAAAAGCGGAGUUAUAUCGAUCUAUCAAAGCGGAAUCGGAUGAAAAACGACGGUUGAAGGAUAUAUCUGAAGAUAUUUAUUCAGAAGUAGAACCAUUAAGAUCAUUUCUUAAUAGAAAGUUUUACGGUUUCAUCAAAAACUCAAAUACUACUUCAGUCAACGGAACGAAAAAAGGAUAAAAGUUAAGUAAAAGACAAAUCACUUUUGACUGUUUUAUCAGGUUUUUACGAUUGACACAGACAUAAAUUGGUAUUUAUUUCAAUAUUACUGACAUAAAAUUUGUCCAGACAAAAACUUGCUCAGAAAAAGUGGUACCUACUACACUUAGUCACAUAAUCAAUUUAUCAGCUAUAUUUAAAUACGUACGCUCAGAAAUGCAAGAUAUUAACAUUGUAAAUACAUUGAUAUCGAUUCCAUUGAUAUCGCACUUAAAACAUUUCAUUAUGUUUUAUUAAAUGAAUUAAAACGUU